AUAGARAUCAMCAYCAGKGAGGGGGUUCAAUYUUCCRGGYKGGGURAUCUGUACAACRUCCUGGCUUACCUACACRACGCUUUGGGCUCCACAGAGGACGCUCUUCAAUGCCUGAAGAAGGCUGAAGAGGCCAUUCGCCUAAACAGCCCAGACGACGUGGAGCUAAGUCUGGUGGUCCACUAUGGGAACMUGGCCUGGGUGCACUAUCACCAAGGGGAGCUGACAGAGAGCCAGACCUAUGUGGAGAAGGUGGGGAGACUAUUGCAGGACAACCCCUCGCACUGCCCAGGUGUAGUGUGGGGAGAAAGGGCCUGGACUUUGAAUAAGUUUGAUGUAAGCAAGAGGAAGGKAGCGGUAUAUUYCUUCCGGAUGGCCUUGAAAGGGGAUCCUGAGAACAAGGUGCUGCGCUGUGGCUAUGCCAUAGCAUUUAGUAAAUCUUUUGAAAAUAAASACAUUACCCCGAAGCUGCGAUCUGAGAUGUUGSAGCAGCUACGGAUUGCUAGAGAAUUGGAACCAGAACAUUUGACCAUCACAGUGAUGUACCUGCAGAGGCUUGCAGCAAGUGGCCAGGUUGAGGAAGCACGUAAACUUGCAYAGGAAGUGAUAGAGAAGCCUUUGGACAGCUUUGGUGGAUUUGGACUCUUACUAUCAUUUUUCAGAGAAUACGUCUCUCAUGAUUCAAGCAUUGACCUGGCAAGAAGGACCCUGGAGAGACACCCUGAUUCACGCCAACUGAAGAAGCGUCUUGCGCAGUGUUACAAAUGGAAGAUUUUCUCUCCAGAAGAGAAAAGGAACCCAAUGAGGCAUAUUCUGAUUGAAAAUGCAGUCWACCUUUAUGAAGAGGUGGUCYCACUCUACCCAAAAUCCCUUGCAGUAAAACUGGAACUGUCUGCCAUGUACAAAGAAUCUGGCAGAYUUGAUAGAGCAGAUAAGAUAUUCGAGGACCUGCUUCUUGAUAGGGAAGGAAUGGAACCACAGGAUUUACAGAAAUUCUACAACWGGUAUGCCCYACAUCUGUUUUAUYCCAAACAAGAUGCUUCCACGUCAAUUGAUUUCCACAAGAAGGCAGUAGAGAUUARGCWACCCACUGGCCAACGUGACAGCAGUAUUCGUGUUUUGUUGUCCAUUGUCCAUAACGGAGAAGACAGAGCUGAGGAAAUUGURYACUUUCUGGAUGGACUUGAUGGAGAAGGUGCUGUUAGCCGGUUCUAGACCUUUUUUUCCAAUAAAGGCUUGAAUUAYCCAGAACUGCGUGUCGAAUCAGUCAAAUUUGCAUAACCUGUUUAUGAUUGAUUCAUGUGGAAAAUAUAUUCACUAUACCACUAGGACAAAUCUAGGGCAAUCUAGGACAAAUUUUCAUUUAGUACAAACUGAAUACCUUAGUAUUCCAAAUGUCUGUGCUCAAUUUUACUACUGGGAUUGCUGAGAGAUGCAUGAUUAUCAAMACUAACACUUGAAAGUAAAUUCAAGGCUGAGCYUAAAGUCAUAAAUAUGUAGGCCUAACAUGACAAAUAUCUGUCUGGAAUCCACAUUUUGAAUUGAGUCUGUACAAGUUUACUGUGGACUAAUGUACUGUAGACAAACUAACAUGUUAUUUUUCAUUAUUGCAUUAUAGAGUAGAGAGAUCCUGUAUAGCCUCACAGGCAGACUAUCCAGAGCGAUAGGAUAUUAUUUAUUUUAUUUUCUUCACACUGGGCACAAUAGAUUCUGUUUCUGGAAAAUGUAUGUAAUGUGUAAUAUUAUACUGUCUAAUAUCUUGUAAGUUCUUGUGAAAAUAAAGGUAUUCUGUUCUAUUCUAUUAAGAGAUAAUUAAUUAAAGAAAUACAGUAACAGCAAA